UUUGUUAAAAUGAUGAUAAUUCAUUUAAAUUUUAAACAGAAUGAAAAAGAAAAUAAAAGAGAAGAAAUUAUUCCGGAUUCCGCUGCCAAUAUUCCGAGUGCUUUCUUCUCCUUCCACCCACUAACUGUUUAAGUUGGAAAAUUUUUGAGCUGUCCCUUUUACACUGCUGCGUUUUGGUCAAUAACUCAAACACCAAACCGUUUUGGUUUUUAGUUGGUAAGUGUGUGUCUUUGUUUUUUGUUUCACAUUUUCGUUUCAAAUGGGAUGUGGGUUUCACACUCUAACCACUGCAAACUGAAGAAAAAAGAGCUGUUACCAGUGUAUGUUAUCUAUCAAGGGCUUGAAGUUUUCUCAACAAUCUUCUUCUAAAAGGUGUUCUUGCUUCUAUUAUUUUCAUUCAUGGGGAAGAUCACCACUUCUGCAGUACAGCCUGUGUCUCAAGAAGCUUCAACUGAUGAUGAGAUUUUUAUGCAGCAGAGCUUGAUCUUUGAUGAUAGUCUCAAGGAUUUGAAAAAUCUCAGAUCACAGUUAUACUCAGCUGCCGAGUAUUUUGAACUUUCAUACACCAAUGAUGACCAAAAACAAAUAGUGGUAGAGACAUUAAAGGAUUAUGCGAUUAAAGCUCUUGUGAAUACUGUGGAUCAUUUAGGUUCUGUGACAUAUAAAGUGAAUGACUUGUUGGAAGAGAAGGUUGUUGAAGUUUCCGGAGCAGAGCUACGUGUAUCUUGUAUUGAGCAGAGAAUGAGGACGUGCCAAGAUUAUAUGGAUCACGAGGGGCGUACCCAACAGUCGCUGGUGAUCAGUACUCCAAAAUAUCACAAGCGGUAUAUUCUACCAGCUGGGGAGACCAUGCAUGGCGCGAACCAGACAAAAUCGUCCUAUGUUGGGUGCAACCUAGAUGACGAAGAUGACUGGCUUCACUUCAAGAGUGCUGUUCGAGCUACAAUUAGAGAAACACCAACAUCUACAGCAAGAGGGCGUUCACCAUCACCUUCUGUCCAAACUGAGAGACCUGGAGGUUUUUCAUUCACCUCAACCAUGCCAAGAAAAGUUUUAGAUAAGCGUUCUGUUUCACCGCAUAGAUUCCCACUUUUACGCACCGGGUCGCGGUCAAGUAGGCCUACAACACCAAAGAGCAGUAGACCAACUACUCCAAACCCUGCUAGACCAACCACACCCAAUCCUUCCAAUGCAAGACAAAGGUACCCGUCUGAGCCACGGAAAUCAGCUUCAAUGCGAUUGCCGGCCGAAAGAGACAAUGGCAAAGAAGUCGAACAAUACCCCAGUAAAAGUAAACGUCUUCUGAAGGCGUUGUUAAGCAGGCGCAAGUCUAAGAAGGAUGACAUGCUAUAUACAUACUUAGAUGAGUAUUGAUGC